AUGCCAAAGGACUUCAUCAGCGUGGUACAGGACCUCGAGGACCUCCUGUGCCACCACAUCACCACCUCACCUCCAGCAGAUUUCACAGAGGAGCUCGCCGACGUCCUCAAGACCGUGCUCAGCAUGGAUCGCAACACCCACUGGAGCAUCCAAUCAUUCCUCUUCGACUUCCGCGAAGAAUACUUUCGUCAGAAGCUCACAAACGAACAACCAGGCCCUGUCCGCCCCCACAACGACAUCUGGCCUCGCCUCAACCGUUCCGCCGUCGAGCCCCUAAGCAACAUGCCCAUGACCCACGACAUCGGCCCCGAUCUCUGGGCCUUUGCCGUGCGCUACGCCGACCAGGUCUACAACGUUCUCCGUCUCCAGGCCAAGAUGCCGUAUAAGCCCUUCAUCGAAGUGCUCACCGAAAACAGCUUCAUCAAGGGCCUAGCCGACACCGGUGGCACCAUGACGCAAGAGAAUGCAGCUGAGAGCAGCGACCACAUCCUGGACCUCCAGGAAUACGACGUAAGCCUCCACUCGAGACUGAUGUUUCUAGAAGACCGGGUCAUGAUCCUCGAGAAGAGGGAGGAACUAUUAGACGGUCAGCUCGAUCGAGCUACUCAAGCAAUGGGAGCCCUGCGCUCGACAAACUUGGAUUUGGCCAGAAAGGUGUCGGAAGUGCAGCAGCGAAACCACGACCUACGCAGGACGUACGCUGUGUAA